AGGUGUAUUUUCCGAUGCCAGCUGUCAAAUUUAUGGUGGAAUUGAUAUGGCAUUGUCAUUGUCACAAGUCGUUCUUGCCAGUAUCAUAGCAUUUGAUCGAUAUAUAGUGACAAUUUCACCAAAAUGGGGAAAAUGGCGAUGUCAUGCCAAUUACAUGAAAGUGAUCAUUGUCAUUCUGGUCGCAGCUGCUGUAUGGAGUACAGUACCUGUCAUUGGUUACGGUAAAUACAGUACAUUUCAUGCGAAUAAAUUCUGUUCGCUGGAUUGGCGACAGGGUGAUUUUGAUGCGAAUGUCGCGGAAUCCGCUGAAGCAGCGCAUCACUAUAUAGGUUUUCUUACCGCUACGUGUCUGAUUUUCUUCUUAAUACCAACAUGCAUAGCAUCCUCUUUCUAUUAUAGUAUCAUUGACCAUGUGGAUAGGCAAAACUCUACAGAAGUUCGUGAAGAAAAUGGAAAUGCAGUCACAGAUUGCUGCACAUGGGCUCCAAAAGAUAACGUGGCUAAGAUUGGCCUUGGUUGCCUUUUGGCUUCAACUUUGCCAUUCUUGGCAUAUUCUAUAGUAUGUUUGAAUCCGAUGAAGUCUGACUUCAAUAAUGUUUCUUAUGUGGUCGUACCAGUGAUAAUCAGUCGAUUUUGUCCGCUAUUGAAUCCAGUUUUCUAUAUUUGGUGCAAUCCCGAUAUCAUACCGAUAAAUGAAUUUCUUGCAAAACGAAGAGUAAAGCGACGACCACCUCCAAAAACUUAUCAUACCAUCAACCUCAUCGCCGAAGUACCUGGAAUGUCGUUCCCUAUUCUGACACCUUCAGGUUGGCGCAAUCCAUUUUUCCUUUAUUUGCGCUUCGUCCAUCAUUUUUUGGCCUUUCAAACCAUAUCAAAACGUUUAUUAAAGGACUUCUGUGAAGUUGUUUUUGCACCAACCAAGUUCAAAUUCACAUGAAC